UGUGUGUGUGUGUGUGUGUGAAACUGUAUCUAUGGUAUAAGUUUAACGAAAUCAUGGCAUUCUGUAUAGUAUAUCCUUAGCCAUACUUUUUUUUUUUUUUUUUGGUAAGUAAAUCCUUCGCAAUACUAUAAUUUAUGUUUUGUUUUUUUUUUUUUGCUCCGUAUUUAGUCCAAUUUUGAUGAACAUGAUAUUGAUACAGAACUGACAUGAAAAUGGUAUUGCUGGGAACUCCUUAUGGAAUUGAAUUCUUUCCAUUGUGCUCAGCCUUCGCAUUGAAUCAACACCCCAUUUUGUUCUUGUUUAGGAGCAUAUUGUUAAUUAUUCGUGAAACAGUAGAAAUGAGGACCCCCUUAUCGAAUGACUCUGUUUUGUUCGUCACUAAAAAUAAUUCUUUAGAUGCUAUGAUAAAGCUAAUGAAAUGAUUUCAAGGAAUUUCAAUAUGUGCCAUUGUUUUAUUGUUUUCUGUUUUGUCUUCCUCUCUCUUAUUUUGUUCUCAUGGGAAUGAAUUGGAUUUGGGUUUGAAAUUCAUAUGUCUAAGCAGUGAGAAUUGCUAUGCUAUAGAUCCUUUUUUUAUUUUUAUUUUUCAAGGCCAUUUUGAAUGUAUUUGAUGUCCUUUGCUAUUUUUGCGGGAAAAUGUAUCGGAUGUUGAUAUUAGACACAGGAUAGAAGCUCAAUCAGGCCAAUUUUAUACCAAUAGAAGAAAGCCUUGUUACUUUGUUCUGAAGCUUUAUAUUUAGUAAUCAUUUCCAGUCAUUGCACUGCUUUUCACAGGGCAUUUGAAUAUUUUUUUCCGGGAUGUUGAAGAGAAUUAUAGCAAUCUUGUUGAUUGGGUUUCUAGGAUGGGCAUAUCAGACCACCCGCCCUCUGCCGCCCAACAUCUGUGGCUCCUCAGAAGGUCCACCCAUCGCAGCACCUAGAAUUAAGCUUAGGGAUGGAAGACAUUUGGCCUAUAAGGAGCAUGGUGUCCCAAAAGAAAUAGCCACAUAUAAAAUCAUCUUAGUUCAUGGCUUUGGCUUAAGCAGACAUGAUGCAGCAAUUACAACAUCGGAAAUAGUAGAAGAGUUAGGGGUGUAUUUUGUGUCUUUCGAUAGACCAGGUUAUGGAGAAAGUGAUCCAGAUCCAAAACAAACCAGAAAGAGUGUAGCUCUGGAUUUAGAAGAGCUAGCUGAUCAGUUGGAGCUCGGGUCCAAAUUUUAUGUAAUUGGGUUUUCAAUGGGAGGACAGGUGGUUUGGGGCUGCCUCAAGUACAUCCCUCACCGUCUAGCAGGAGCAACCCUAAUUGCUCCGGUUAUCAACUAUUGGUGGCCUGGCUUCCCUGCGAAUUUAUCUAAAGAAGCCUACUGCCAACAAUUUCCACAGGACCAAUGGGCACUUCGGGUCACUCACUAUGCCCCUUGGCUGACCUAUUGGUGGAACACUCAGAAAUGGUUUCCUGCCUCUAGUGUUGCAACAGGGAGGCCUAAAUUCUGUCGGCAAGAUAUAGAACUUGCUCUUAAGUUUGCUGGGAGGCAACAAAUGCACAAGGCAUAUGCAACUCAGCAAGGAGACUUCGAGUCUAUCUAUCGUGACAUGAUGGUCGGAUUUGGGAGAUGGGAGUUUGAUCCUAUGGAUCUCAAGGAACCUUUCGCUGACAGUGAAGGCUCUGUGCAUCUAUGGCAAGGCGAUGAAGAUGGUCUCGUGCCUGUCACACUGCAGCGCUAUAUUGUCACAAAGCUUCCGUGGAUUCACUACCAUGAAUUACCGGGUGCUGGACAUUUGUUUCCAUAUGCGGAUGGAAUGAGUGGGGCUAUCAUAAAGGCACUCUUACUUGGGGACAAAUAGCAUACUGCAGGCAUAGCUAGCGAAACAUCUCCUCCGAAAUAUACAAUUAUUCAGGUUAAUUGUAUGCAUACUCAGCGCUAGAGAUGAGAAUUUUGAUUGUUGGGAUUGUGAUAAAAGAUGUUAGCAUCCAUGUCAGUCAAAUUUAGUUAUUUUGGGGUAAGAUUCAGAACUUUGAUGCCCGAUUGAGAUGUUCAAACAAUAAUAGCCACAAAAUUUAUUUGUAAAUGUUAGACAUUGGAAGACU